CGACCAUAGAGAAAAGUAUCCGAAGGCUGUUCAUGUCAAAAUUGUCAAAGUCAAAUUUUGUUUUGUUUUUUUGGAUAUGGCUGAUAUAUUCGAUAAGGUCAGUUGUACUUAUUGCCAGGAUGAAAUCAACGGCGUUAGGAUCCAGUGUUGCGAAUGUCCCGAUUUCGAUAUUUGUCUCCAAUGCUUUGCUGUCGGUGCUGAAAUAGGACCUCACAAGAACGACCACCCUUAUAAAUUCGUCGAUCACUGUGCAGUGAGUAUUUUCGGUGGAAGGGGUGCCUGGACUGGGACGGAACAUUUAAAAUUGUUAGACGCGGCUGAACUCUAUUCGUAUGGUAGCUGGGACAAGGUAGCAGCUCAUGUCGAAACUCGAACAGCCGAAGAAUGUAAGGAAGAAUACAUUGCAAGGUACCUCAACGGUAAUAUAGGCUUAGCAACUUGGGCUGAAGUCUCUAAACCUAAUUUAUACAUGGAUUUAAUCGAGGAUGAAGGUCCUUUAUCACAAAAAGCUUUAUCAAAACUGCCUCCACUUGAUGCCACGCUCGAAGAAGCUAGAGUUUUAGGAUAUAAACCUCACAGAGACGAUUUUGAAGGGGAAUAUAAUCCAGAAGCUGAAAGAUUGGUGUCCGAUUUGCAGUUAGAUGAGCAGGGUGAAACUGAAAUUGAGAAAUGUUUGAAAUUAGCUAAAAUUGAUAUGUAUAUAAGGAGAUUGAGGGAGAGACAGAGAAGGAAAAGGAUUGUGAGGGAUUAUCAGUUGGUGGCAAAGUAUUUUGAUAACUUAAGGAGGGAUCCUACCAAACCGCUGUAUCCUCAAGCAGAAAAGGAGCUUAGGGACGGAAUGAGACCCUUUGCUCAAUUUCUGAAUUCCGGCGAACACGAACGCCUAAUUGCCAGCGUAAACCGCGAGAGGGAGCUACGUCACCGACUCAGCGAGCUAAAGAGGUACCGUAGCCUCGGCUUGACGACUCACGAGGAGAUCGUCCACUACGAACAGCACAUGGCCUUCCAGAAGCUGCAGGUCAAACAAGGAAAAGUGCGACGACGCGGUAAACUGAAAUUCCAUCGGCGCAAGAACCACGUGGCCGUCAGGAAGAGGUUCAGGGUAAGGCAGAGGGGCGGGGCGGGACAUAAGGGCGUGGCCAGGAUCGGGCGAAGCGCGGGCGUAGACUCCGCUCACGAUGAUGACGGCGAGGAUGACGAUGAUGGAGAGACUUUGGAUGAAGACGAUGACGUAGAACAGUAGUAACUUACAUGUAAGAAUAAUAAUUAUAUAAAUAAUUGAAACUGAUAUUUAUUUUCACAACAAUACACCAAAAAUGUUAAUAUUGUUUAUGUAUUUAAAAGAACAAAACAAUAUUACAGUAAACUAUAAAGGUCGUUUUUUAGUGUAUGGAUUGUUGUGAAAGCAAACGUUAUACAAAGACUGUUUAGUAAAUACAGAUUUUUAUUUAUUUUAAUAAAAU